AGGUACUGGAUGGAAGACUAAGCCAUGGAGACAUCUAGAACGAAGCUGAGGAGGGAAGUUAGGGAAAGGAGACUUGCCUACUUUGAGAGGAGCUUGGCAUCACAUCAACCCGAACAUAACGAAGAUGCCUUGUACCAUGGAUUUCAUCAGUCCAAGAGUCCGUCAACGGAUUCUUUGCAAGACAGAACUAAAAUGGGGAGUGGAAUUACCAGAAAAGGCAAAAGCGUACAUCAACAGCAAGUUUCCCAUGACAGGACAAGAGACGAUAAGUCGCUGAGCAUAAAGAGUAGCCGUCCAUCAUCUGCUAGAUCUGGUAAUCCUCGACAUGGUCACCGAUAUCCUCAAGGCCCUUCUGGCGAUGACUACAUGAAUGUGACACCUCUCAAAAGAAAGAAAAAUAGGCCAUCUAGUGCUAUUCCCUCUGCCCGUGGUGAUCAUUACAGAUUAGAUAUAGGAGAUAGUAGCAGGCUAACUAAGAAUAAUCUGAGGCCUUCCAGUGCCAAGGCUGGAGCCAGACCCAAACAACCACAGAGGGCUCAGGAUCGGGAACACUCUGCGCAAAGACCAUUGACAGCAAGUGUGUACCGAAGUAGUAUUGCUAAUUCUAGGAGACGGUCGGAAUUUGAGGACUUUAGAAAGAGAGCCAACGAAAGCUCACGUCAUGCCGUGGAAGAUACUUCAGAGGAUAGGAGUAUGGGCAGUGAUAGGGAAUUGCAAGAUUUCUUCCGAUUGCGUGAAAAUCGCAAGCAUUCUGUCAACGAUAUGUCCCCGUCAUCUAGUGAAAGUAGGAUGGAUGCCCAAGGGACACAAUCAUUUAGUUUCUUCAGUAAUCAAGGAAAAAGCCAUUUACAUGUAUCAUCAGACGGUAGACCAGAUGUUGAGGAUGCAUAUGCGUCAAGGAGUAAAGCUAACCUGGAAGAGGGUAUAUCAAGGCGCAUCCAGUCGCAAUUGGGUUCACAGGUAGAAAGUGAAGCCCUCCAGGCAUCCGAGUUUCACAGUGCCUACUCUGCAGAGAACAUGCUCCAGUCAUUGCUCAGUAUCCGAAAGGUCAAGGCAAAGCUGCAUGAUGAACUCCUGUCGUCCUUCCUUGAAAAUGAAGACUAUGAAUCAAUACUUGCUUCUAAAAGGAAGAGUUCGCAACCAAGAGACAACCCUUUGAAGCAGAGACGACCAGACGUUAAUGGGAAUGAGGUGGAUGCAGACAUGGCUCGGCUGAAAGAAGGAGCAUCCACCCAAGACAGAAAAGAGGACAUGUUAUCUCCUUUACAGUCGGCAUCAGAGGAAGUACUUCUACACAGACCAACCGUACCAGAGACACAGGAGAGCGUCACUGAACAAUCAGUUCCAACCACAAUGGAUGAGAGGGUUGAUGAUGACGAAUCUGCAGGAAGAAGCAAGGAUGAAGGAGAAGAAAGCGGGGUAGAGAUGGAUGAUCUGAGUUUUGAUGUGGGGGCUUUGUGUAAUGCUGCCAAACAAGGGGAUGAUAUACUGAGGCAAUACAUCCGAGGUUUGACGGAGAAGGUCAAAUCAAAGAAAGAUAAGGAAACUAAACCUACAGAAUUCGUCCUUGAGGAUCGGUCUUCCAGAAAUUCUGGAAAGAUCGACUCGCUGUUUGCGCCAAAGAUGCCAGAAAGAAAAUUUGAAGAGAAAUCAAUAAUUGCUUCUGUGAGUGAAAAAGAAACUGUCUCUCCAUUGAAUCAGAGUUCCUUGCUAUCAUACAGUGUAAACGAUGCUAUAAAGAAGACGGAAACAGAACUCAGUGCCAAAGAAUAUGAGCUAGAUUUACAGAAUGAUUCAGCGAAUGCAUCAGAAGAAAAGAAGUUUGUUCCCUAUUUGGAUACAACAUUCUCCUCAAUGGAACAUGAACAUCAAGGGAAUCAGUUUGAUUCACUGCAAGAUCCUGUACCUGUUGAAACCAAAGUAGCAGCAUCCAGCUCUGAAGUACCUCUAUCUGGUCGAGAAGAUGGUUUGCACCAAGAAGAAAAGGAAUCAGAAUAUGCUUGUGAAGCAUUUUCUGUUAGAGAUGUCCUCCAGGAGGAGAAUUCCAGUGUAGUCGGUAAGGUUAGAGAACCAGCAGUUACUGCUGAUCUCCUAGAAAAGCUUGGAUUGUUUGACUCCAAAGAAUCCCCUCUAACAGAUCCUAUGAGAGGCUAUAGUAAGGGAUCCAGUGUUAUUUUGAGCCAUGAUGCUGAUUCUUCUACUGAUGAUGCCACUAUUCAGGUGGCGAACAGAACACUCAAUGAUUCUGACCUGGGGCUUGAAACCUUUCGACCUGAUAGUCGAGCCAUUUCGCCUCUCAAGGAAGUGAGGGACUACAGCAAGGCUGGUGUCCUGACAACAAGUGACCUAGACUCCACAGAUAUGAUUGAAGAGGUACUGGAUGCAACAACAAUUUCAAGGCAAUCGAGAGCUGAAACUGAAGCACUGAGGAGAACCUAUGAUCUUUCUGAAGAUGUUAGUAAAAACAACCUGGCAGAUCCCAAUGUCAACACUCCGUUCCAUUCUCACAUUCAACAAUCCAAAUUUGGUGUGUCCUUUGUCUUUGAUCCUCAAGACACUGAAAGUGAUGUUACUGGAACUAAAGCUAAUGCUGCAAUAAAUCCGAUGUCCCAACCUAAACAAGGAAAUGCAAAGCAAGGUGUUGCUUUUGAAGUGGACCUGACAUCAGCCAGGAAACAACCUAAGCCGCCUCCAUCGUCUAAGCCAAGCAACACAAGGCUAACAACACCAAAUAGAGGCUCUCCAAAGCUUAGUCGGAACUCUCCACAGAGAUCAAGACCCAGGAAGAGUCCUAGGACACCAGAUGCUCACCGGGAUGAAAUCAGACAGUACCAUGAAAAGGACAGGAGAAUGAGAAAGCUUUCCUCACCAAGAGCUAUAGUGUCCCCAGUGAGGAAUCUAGCAUCAGAGUCUUCCUCAACCAGUGAAAAUCAGCCAUCACUGAGACUGAGUUUAUCAUCUAGCAUGCAAACGGAUAGACCAGACACUGAUGUACUUGCCCAGCUUGAAGACAGCCACGAUAGUCUUCUAGACAUUGAAGUCGGGGCCCCCUUUAUGCAUUCACCAAGGCAUGAAGCACCCUUGGAAGACGAGAAUGAAGUCCUCGACAGAAUAUCUAACUUCAACCCUCCCACAGCAUCAAAUUUUGUGGUUCCUGAGAGCCAGGACACUGUUGGUGAGAUGUUCGACCAAAACAGAGUGAGCUUCUCAGUCUCGAAAGAUGAUGUACAUGUAGAUUCUCGCGGGCAGAGACAGGACUUCCAAAAGACGAGCAAACCGAGACCAAGCAGUGCCAACCCAAAGAGAACUGCCACCAAGAAAGGUAAUGCCCGCCCCACCAGUGCCCAUUCAAAGAUGUAUUCCUCCCCAGACAAGAGCUAUGACAGGAAGUGGCCCCAGUCAAGCAUGGCAUGGAUGACCCAACAUAAACUCACCUCUAGUCUCUUAGAAGACUCUACCAGUGACCUUUCAGCUUCGGGUUCAAAGGUCAAAGUAGGUCAGUCAAGGGUCAACAGGGAAUUUGCAAGGAAGAGCAAGCCUCCAGUUGCUGGUCCAAUGUCAAAGAGAGAUGGGGAGUUUGUCAGAGUACGGUCUUCUAAGCUAUUUGAUGGCACUGUGUCCAGGGUGUUGGAAGGACGUGGAUCUGUUGGUGUUCCCCCGUUGACUUUACAACUCAUUCAAGAUAGUCCUAGAGGAUCAGAGUCUCUGUCAAUCUGGCAGCUCCUACCUGAUGAGAUCCUACUACAUAUCUUCUCUCACCUUCCACAACACAUGCUGGUCCAGUGUGCACUGACCUGCCAACGCUUCCACAGGAUUGCAAUGGACGACUCGCUCUGGCGUUGUAUUCGACUGGAGAGUAGAGAUUUGACAGACUUCUAUCUGACCCACAUCGGAGAGAAACACCCCGUCAGUCUGACCCUUCAUAAAUGUCGUGGAAAUCUGGUCACGGAGAAUGGAUUGCGCAACCUUUUCAGGUCAUGUGCUGACUCCUUACAGGAGCUUAACGUGACAGGAUGUUCCAAGGGCGAGCUUCAGGGAGAUUCCAUCCUACUCCAUGUGUCGAGAUGCUAUAACCUGACAUCCUUGGACACCAGCUGGUGCGCAGUUACUGACAAUGGUCUUUCUGCGGUACUUGACGGUUGCCCCAGAUUGGAGACUAUCUGUUUGAAUGGAUGCCAGUCUGUCUCAGAUCAGUGCCUUCGUCAAAUUGUCAACAGAUAUGGAGCCAAUUUGGAGGUUUUAGAGUUAUGUGGCUGUUUCAACCUUUCCCCUCAAACCCUGAUGCUGCUUGCAGAGACCAGCAACAAUCUCAUUACACUCAACAUUGCACAGUGUUAUAAGAUUACCGAUGAAUGUGUAGCUUCGGUCGCUCCCAAGUUCCGCUCUCUACAGCAUUGGCAGCUUAAAGGAUGCAAGGAACUGAGGGACUCUGCUGUCAAGAAGGUUGCCAGACAUUGCAAACAAUUGAGAACACUAUCCAUAGCUUCCUGCCCUCAUGUUACAGACGUAGCUUUGAUUGAGAUUGCUACUUACCUCAACAGUAUAAGGAGCCUAGAUGUUUCUGGUUGUCGGAAGAUAGGGAACGAGGGGAUGCGUUGCUUAGCAACCUGCUGUCCAUAUUUGGAAAAGGUUGGACUGAGUUCUACAUCAGCCACACACAAGAGUGUGUCAUCUUUAGCCAGCUACGCAAGUCAAACCCUCACCGAACUCAAGCUGAAUUGCUGUAGAGAGAUCACUGAAGCUAGUAUCAUCAGGUUACUCAAGCAUUGCAAGAAGCUGAAGACUCUUCAUCUGUACGGCGUGAAAGGUCUUAGGAACCUUGGUAUCUUGAAGGUACAGUAUCCUUGCAUAGAGUACCUGGAGAAAGUUCGACCGCCUUAGAGGGCGCUGCAAGAUAAAUGUAAUCUAUUUCACCCCUCUUGUAGUUCAAAAUCAACUACAUGUACUAGUAAAAGUCCAGCAAGCAAUACAAAAUGGAGCCAUGAGCCCUGGACGUUAGCAAUUACUUGCUGAUAUGAAAGAACGAUUCUGAUUGGUUCUUAGUCAGUCUACUGAGUAAAAUACGCAUACAACGAUGAUCUUGAUAGGCCAUGUUGUUUAGCAAUUAAUCGCGAUCCUUUGAGUUAUGGGGGCCCAGGGUCCCGUUGCAGAAAGAGUUACGAUCAUUCGCAACUCUAAAAAUCAUUCGCAACUUGAUUUUUAACCAAUCAACAACGCGCAUUUGGGACUUGCGAUUGAUUUUUUUGGCAUGCGUUUUAACGCAACUGGUCUACUAUGUGAAGGAGAAAUGUAUCAUCUGACUUGAAAUUGAUCAUGUGAUUCCCUAGGGGGGCUUUGGAAGAUAAAUGCAAUCGAUUUUUAAGUCAAAUGUAGGUUUAAAAAAUCAGUUUUAAAUUUAGCAAGCGAUUAUUGAUGAUGGAGAAAAGUAUCAUCUUACUUGAAAUUAAGAUUGAUCACUUGACUGCCUUGAAGGGUAUUUCAAGUCUUGUUAUUGUUCAAAAUCAAUUAUAUAUAAGUCUUGAUUGUGUUGAUUUUUUAUCUUCUAAUGCAAGAGAAAGUCUAAUUGGACUAAUGGAAUUGAAAUCAAUGACAUGCAAAAGUGCCAUUGAUACUUGUAAUGAACAAACCAAGGAAGUAGGUUUUCUUUUCACGCAUUACGAAGAUAAGAGUGUUUGUUUGAUAGAUCGAGCAGUGGCUGUGCUGUCGUGACAGUGAUCAUGUAGAAUUGGAUCAUGAUUGUUACAUUUGUAACCUGUUCAUUAUCGUGUUUUGCUUGAUGCAGUUGUCUUAAUUUUGAUUGAAAUAGAAACCAUGAGGUAAAGGAUUUUUUUGUGUUAGGUGAAGAGAACAUGGUAUAGGUUUCAUUACAUCAUUUUCAUCACAUUUGUGAUAUGUAUUCUGAAAUGUAACUUCUGUCUUUCACUUUAAGUAUUCAAUUAAUCAAAGAUAUGUGACUUAUGAAAAAAGAACUUGAUUCAGUCCAGGUGGCAACAGAACGUUCAGGGUAUAGAGUUUCAUCAACAUAUCCCUCCAACAAGUAGUCAAGAUCUGACAACUUUCCUUGAUUUUGAUUGGGAAGCAAUAUCACCAUGGUAACUAUCGGAUAAAAGAAGACUCGUAGGAUUUAACGUCCGACAAGUUUUUUCAUAAAGUUGCAUAAAAGUUACUAUUAUGAAAAUCUUGCCAUUCAAUGCCAACUACCAUGGUAAUGCUCAUCAACAGCCAAUCAAAAUCAGGGAUUCCAUGCAAGUUACCAUAAUUGGUUGGCAAAGUUAGCAUAAUUGGUUGGCAAAGUUAGCAUAAUUGGUUGGCAAAGUUAGCAUAAUUGGUUGGCAAAGUUAGCAUAAUUGGUUGGCAAAGUUAGCAUAAUUGGUUGGCAAAGUUAGCAUAAUUGGUUGGCAAAGUUAGCAAUUGGUUGGCAAAGUUAGCAUAAUUGGUUGGCAAAGUUAGCAUAAUUGGUUGGCAAAGUUAGCAUAAUUGGUUGGCAAAGUUAGCAUAAUUGGCUGGCAAAGUUAGCAUAAUUGGUU